AUGACACGUUUCACCAUGACUCUACGAGGCCACUGUACUGCCCGUCACUUCCCAGAACGAGCAAUGAUCCACCUCAUCAUCGAAUCAUCUGGCGACUCCGCAGAAACCGUCUGUCGAGAAGUCACUUCGACCUACCACAGCCUCCGCGAAAUCCUAGAAGCCCUAUGUCUACGAGAAGAAAACGGAACCGUAAAACCCGAAGCCGCAGUAUCAAAUAUCUCCGUCAGCCACGCCCACCUCGCACUCGCAUCCAAGGACCGCAAUGAAAACGAGACAGGAGACGUCAGCGAUAACCCCCGCAUCCACUACGCUACUAUCGCAUUCCACGCCACCUUCUGUGACUUCGUCGAGUUGCACAAAUUCGUCCAGAAGCUGGAUGGGUAUCACAACGCAAGACUGAAUGGUGUUUCUUGGCACCUCACCGAUUCUACGAAUUAUGGGGUCGGGGCGCAGUUGCGGGACGGGGCUUUUCUUGAUGCUGUUAGGAAGGCGAAGGCGUAUUCAGCGGUUAUUGGUUUGGAUGAGGUUGAGGCUGUGAACCUUAAGGAAAUUGAACCUCAGCCUUUGAAUCCUUCGGCGUAUCCGCAGGGGCCUACGUAUCGGCAUUCCAGUGGGGUGGAUUUGAUGCCUCGGGAUGUCGUGUUUAAUUGUGCUGUGGAGGUUUCCUUUGAAGCUGUGCGGCGUCGGGGGUCUAUCUGA